AUGGACAUUGUGUAUACGUACCCAACGUGGUCGAGGCUACGACGUCACUACAAAGAGGAGCUUGCAUUCAAGAACAAAUGCCUCGUGUUGCCAGUCUUCUUCGAGAACAGGGAGUACCGGGUACCGCUAGUUGUAUCAGACCAUACAACAUUUCUCCAGCUUCAGCAGAUCGAAACGCUGCAAAUAGCGAUGCACGACGCGAUGGAAGAUGGCCCGCUGCUUGCAGACGCAGAGUACCGUACUCAGUACGGGCUUGGGCGUAUCUAG